AUACGUCCGGUCGUAUCUUAUGAAUAUCCGCUUUCGGUACUAAUUUCCCUUAUUCAUCCCCCCGAGAAUUUGCGCACGGAGCGUUGAGCUUAGUCUUCUCUCUAAACUAAACCCUUCAACACGUGGAAAGUAAGUGGACUGUGCAGCCAUGCAGGUGAUUGUGUUGUUCGCCGUGGCCGUGCUGUCUCUGAGCCCGGCGGCAGUGAGCGGAGCCGAGAAGAAGAAGCUGCAGAUCGGCAUCAAGAAGCGAGUGGACAACUGCCCUAUCAAGUCCCGCAAAGGAGACGUGCUGAACAUGCACUACACGGGCAAGCUGGAGGACGGCACGGAGUUUGACAGCAGCAUUCCCCGCGACAGGCCCUUCACCUUCACCCUGGGCACCGGGCAGGUGAUCAAAGGCUGGGACCAGGGCCUGCUGGGCAUGUGCGAGGGCGAGAAGAGGAAGCUGGUCAUCCCCGCCGAGCUGGGCUACGGAGACAGGGGAGCUCCCCCAAAGAUCCCCGGAGGAGCGACGCUCAUCUUCGAAGUGGAGCUGCUCAGCAUCGAGAGGAGAUCCGAGCUUUGAUGAAGAGGAGAUGGCAAACUUUCAAAACGUUCCUGGAGCUGCUGCAGUAUUAGGUGGAGAUCAUAUGACCUGAUGAAGACUGCAUGGGAAAUCUGGGAGUAUAAAUGGCUACCCCCCACAGAGCCACUGUCCUCCUUUCACUGGCUUAGCUUAUUGUGCUCUGAUUUAUUGGUCUGAAGUUUUUAUAUGAUACAAGAUGUGGUGUAUGUCCUUGGUGAACAUGAGUAGAACUGACGGUAAACCGCUAAACCUAGUAUUUGGAUGUGGGUUGAUAAGGGAGUCAUGUCCUGCCGUUUCAUCUAACUUUUUUUUUUUGUCUGUGAUUUAUAAGCAGGUUUAUUCAUAUUUGUACGUUCUUUUCAUAAAAUAAUUUAGUCAGAAGUCAGGCAGGGGAUGAAUUAGGAUCAAUGUUUUUGUUCACUUUCAAUAUUUGUAUUAUGAUAAUAAAAUGUUGACUUUACGGGAAACA